UUUUUUUUUUUUCAAGAAAGUGAUAUGAAUAUGACAGGAUCAGGUUCACCAUGCGGCGCGUGCAAAUUCUUGAGGAGGAAAUGCGUGAGGGGGUGUGUUUUCGCCCCUUAUUUCUGCCAUGAACAAGGCGCCACUCAUUUUGCAGCCAUUCAUAAGGUUUUCGGUGCGAGCAACGUGUCGAAACUUCUCGCUCACCUGCCUGUGACUGACAGGUGUGAGGCUGCCGUCACCAUUUCUUAUGAAGCUCAAGCUAGGCUUCAAGAUCCCAUCUAUGGCUGUGUUUCACAUAUUUUUGCCCUCCAACAGCAGGUUGUGAAUUUACAAGCACAAUUAGCUUCACUCAAGGAACAAGCAGCAGCACAAAGCAUCUUAAACAACAGCUCCAACAACACUAGUGGUGCUGAUCAAAACCCUAAUUAUAAUAACAACAACAAUCACAAGUUCUUCGGCGAUAGCGCCCAUUCGUUUCCGCAAGAUGUUCAGAGCUGGUUGUUGCAAAAUCAGGGCACAACUAAUAUGUUUGAUCCAAAUUUCAACAACAACAACGUUAGUGAGAAUCACGUGCCGUAUUACAAUAAUCCGUCGAGCGGAAACUACUACACGAAUCUCAACCCUUCUCAAGUGAAGUACGAGAACUCGUGUUUUCCGGAAGAGAAUUCGUCGUUCGGGAGCAUGGACUCGAUCGAAAUGCAGUCGAAUGGGACGAUGCAGUGGUCGUUUCAAGAUCACGAUACGGAUGAACUCCAGUCAUUGGCCUUCAGAUAUAUUCAGCAUUCUUGA